AUGUAACACUCAUGUCCGAGUUCAGUUGGAAGAAUGUGUUCUACACGGUAGCUCAGUGCGUUAACUUGGCAUGGUAACAUCCAAAAACUAUAAGACUAAAAUCCCAGUUUUAAGUUGGUAAAAUGUUGGCAUUUAAGUUUCUGAAGCAAGUCCGUGGAACAAUAGACAAAUAACACCUUUAAUGGACACCAUAUUGUGAAGUAGCAGAUAUUAGACGUUAGCAUCUUAACGCGUUAGCUAACGUUAGCAUCCGCUAGCUGGCUAGCUUACGUGUUAUAAGCAACACAGGAGCACAAUUCAAUCAAGAAAAAGGCACUCAAGGCAGAUGUCGUCACUUCCUGUAACUACAAACCAGCAGUGCGGGAUUUCAGUGUGACCACUGCAACCCUCCUCCAUGCCAGCCACCUCCAAUACCUAUACCUGGGUCCAGGUGGUGACAAGGCUUGCUCUGCUAAGAUCCAGGCUGGCUGCUCUGGGGUGAGACCCUGGAUGUGAAGUGCUGAGGCCCAACUGAUUUCAACACCUGGAUCUAGGGAUUGUGUCCCAAACUUUUGACCAACUUCUCCCUUAAGACGACGGCAAAAAUGUGACAACUGGACUCUAACCGCACCAUGUGACCGGCUAUUAUGGAUCUGAGAGUCAGCAUACAUUGAAACUACAUUCAUCCAGGUCGCAGUGGCAGCAAGUCAACCCAGACAUCUCUCUCCCCAGCAAUAUUUUCCAGCUCCUCCUGGGGGAUUUCAAGGCAUUCCUGGGCCAGAUGAGAUAUAUAAUCCCUCCAGUGAGUUCUAGGUCUACCCCGGGGUCUCCUUCAAGUUGGAUGUGCCCAGAAAACCUACACAGGGAGUCGACCAGGAGGCAUCCUAAUCAGAUGCACAAGCCAUCUCAACUGGCUCCGCUCAAUGUGAAGGAGAUCCGGUUCUACUUCGAGAUCCUUCCAGAUGUCUGAGCUCCUCACCCUGUCUCUAAAACAUUCAUCAUGAUCAUUAAUCAUUUGGCAGCCGUAGUAAAAAGAAAAUUACCAUUUUCAUGGAUGAACUUUAUAUCAUUAGAAAACGUCAAAAUUUGCCCUUCCUAGUUUGCACAGCAAGAUACUUGUUAAGCAUUCUUGAAUAACUCGCAGUUUUAACCAGGAAGGCCACUUUUAACAACUUUUCUCCCUCAUUAAGGCUAUGGUCCCUCUGUAACAUAACAGGGGUUGGGGGAAUAUAGUUAUUUGUUAUGCGAUGGAGCGCUCAUCCGAUCGCAGAGAAUAAUCAUGAUCUAUCACAUGAACACACGACAGUAGCACCUACAAAAACCGUGACUUUGUCCGGCUUUGAAUACUGUCGUAAAUAUCUGAGGUAAUGUGAGAACUCAACUGCAAUGUAUAUAGCAUUAUGGUAGUCAUUUUUAAUUGAUAUAGAUGUUUCAGUGGAAAAACUCUACAUAUUGUACCUUUCAGGGAUUCCAAGAUGCACAAAAAGUUUGAAGUUUACAACAGAAAAAACAAUUUGACAGUUCUCUGCUCCUGCCAAAUUCAAUAAUGAUAACAUGGGUAAACAAUAUUUCCAUUUCACCGAGUCUUGCAGAAAGAGAAUUAGGAGUUGCAAUAUCUGAGCCUGUCAAAAGUGUUUUUUUGAUAAUGCUGGAAAAUCCUUGCACAUGGCAUGCCAUCACAUUUUGCAGUUUGUAAGCCUUUAUGCUUUUCAUAUAUGCUGACCCACAAUCCUUUGUGCUGUGGAAGAUAAAACUGACAACCUUGGUGAAUGGUAUUUUCCUGCAAGUUUAACAUUUUUUGAACAGUAUUCACAUCAUAUUUGCUAGAGAGUGAACUGAUUUAUAAGCAAGAGGGUUAAAGGUUGAGGUAUGAGGAUGUUUCUUGAAUAAGAAGUCUAUUCUUAUUGGGUGCAUGCUUAAUGCAAAAUGCAUUAUUUUUCAAGGGGCAUCUGUUGCAGGGACUUGAGAAAAAGUGUAAGCUAUGUGAAUUCAAAUCUGGAGACAGUUGGCCAUUUUCGACAGCACAUUUUUGUUAAGUUUUGUCUCUUAUACAUAGGAUAUAGAGAUGAUUAAACUAAGCCACUGCAAAAGAUCCCUCACUUAUGUUACUCGCUCUUUUUUUCCUUUACUGUCAUCUUGUUAAAGGUGUUGGAGCUCAGUUCAAUACAGCUGAGACCUCCAAAGCAGCAGCCCAAGACGACACUGGCCCGCCAUAAUACAGCGCUAACUCCAUGCCUGGUCACAAUGGUCCCACUUCUGUUUUUGGUAGCAACCACGACAACAUCCAAUUCCACUGGCAAUGGCAACCACACAAAAGAAGACGUUACAUCCUCCAACCAACACAUCCUCCCCACCGUGCUGGUCCUGUCCUUGCUGCUGCUCAUCUUCGCACUGCUAGCCUGGUACUUCCUCAGGUUAAAAAACCAGAGAAAAGCAGUCGUCACAACAGUCGACAAGAAGGUACCAAAUGGCAUCCUGGAGGAACAAGAACAACAGACGGUGGUCCUCCUCCCCAGAUCCCCCUCAGCCUCCAAGACCUACUUACCUAUCCCAGUGGACCACCUGGAGGAGGAGUACCGGCUCCGCUCAGCCGACGACGGCAAGCUCUUCAGGGAGGAGUAUAAUUCACUGCCGGGGGGUAAUGCCCACGGGACGUACGAGGAGGCCAACAAGGACGAGAACAAGGAGAAGAACAGAUACCCCAACAUCCUCCCCUACGAUCAUUCCAGAGUGGUGUUGACUCAGCUGGAUGGAAAUCCCUGUUCAGACUAUGUGAAUGCUUCUUAUAUUGACGGUUUUACGGAAAAGAACAAAUUCAUAGCAGCACAAGGUCCGAAAGAAGACACUGUAGCAGAUUUUUGGAGGAUGAUAUGGGAGCAGAAAGUAGCAACUGUUGUCAUGCUGACAAAUAUAAAAGAAAGGAAAGAAGAUAAGUGUUACCAGUACUGGCCGGAUCAGGGCUGUUGGACGUAUGGGAAUGUUAGGGUGGCUGUGGAAGACUUCACCGUGCUCGUCGACUACACCAUACGCAAGUUUUGUGUGCAAUAUCAAGCUAGCGAUGUGGCUAAGACUCCCAGGCUUGUCACCCAGCUCCACUUCACCAGCUGGCCUGACUUUGGAGUUCCUUUCUCCCCGAUCGGCAUGCUCAAGUUCCUCAAAAAGGUCAAAGCUGUCAACCCACCAUUCUCUGGACCUAUUGUGGUCCACUGCAGCGCUGGUGUUGGGAGGACAGGAACCUUCAUCGUAAUAGACGCCAUGAUCGACAUGAUGCACGCAGAGCAGAAAGUGGAUGUGUUUGGGUUUGUCGCUAAGAUACGAGAGCAGCGAUCACAGCUCAUUCAGACAGAUAUGCAGUACUCAUUCAUCUACCAGGCCCUGCUUGAAUACUACCUCUAUGGAGACACAGAGCUGGAUGUGUCAUCUCUGGAAGGACAUCUGCACAAAUUACACAACACCUUUGCAAAUGGUGACCGGGUCGGUCUUGAGGAGGAGUUUAAGAAACUGACCAACAUGCGAAUAAUGAAGGAGAACAUGAGAACGGGGAACCUUCCUGCCAACAUGAAGAAGAACCGAGUUCUGCAAAUUAUUCCAUAUGACUUCAACAGAGUUAUUCUUUCCAUGAGAAGAGGUCAGGAGUUCACCGAUUACAUCAACGCAUCCUUUAUAGAUGGCUACAGACAAAAAGACUACUUCAUUGCCACGCAGGGCCCUCUGCCGACCACAGUGGAGGAUUUCUGGAGGAUGGUGUGGGAGUGGAAAUGUCACUCUAUUGUGAUGCUCACUGAGCUCCAGGAGAGGGAGCAGGACAAAUGUUGUCAGUACUGGCCCACUGAGGACUCAGUCACAUAUGGAGAUUACACAGUAGAGCUGAAGGGAGACACACUGUGUGACACCUUCAGUCUACGAGACUUGGUACUCACCUUUGUCCCGGAGAAGCAGACGAGGGUGAUCAGGCACUUCCACUUCCACGGCUGGCCAGAGAUCGGCAUCCCAGCCGAGGGGAAGGGCAUGAUCGACAUCAUCGCUUCGGUGCAGAGACAGCAGCAGCAGUCUGGGAACCAUCCCAUCGUCGUGCACUGCAGUGCUGGUGCAGGGCGAACAGGUACGUUCAUUGCACUGAGUAACAUCUUGGAGCGAGUCAAAGCAGAGGGCCUGCUGGACGUGUUCCAAACUGUGAAGAGUUUACGCAUGCAGAGGCCUCAUAUGGUCCAAACUGUGGAACAAUAUGACUUCUGCUACAGGGUGGUACAAGACUUUGUCGACAUUUUCUCAGACUAUGCCAAUUUUAAAUGACGAGAUUUGCCUUAAACGUGGUUUUUAAUGUUGUUUUCUAAAGCUGGUUUGUCAGUUUUAUGUGUUUCUUUAACUCGGUCAAAUGAUCUAUUUUGCUAUGCACUUGUCCUACCAUUAACUGAGACUCCAUCCUCGCUGUAAUAUAAUGUAUGUCAGUGAAUGAAAAUUGUACAUGUAAAAAAGUUUGAUUAAUAAUGUAUAUUUCACAUCAUGUAAAAUUAUUUUGUCCUGUGUUGUUUCAAACAUGGUCUCUCAUUUCAGUUUUGUUGUAUAAUAAUGUACUUUAAAUGUUUAUCUAAGUGUUAUUUUGAAUUGACCACGUAAUAUUUUCAGAGUUGUAGUUAUUGUAAAUGUAUUUAUGUACUGACGAUGACAUUCCACUCUUACGUUUGGAGAACAUGACAGGAAUGUUAAAAGUUGUUUUUAUGUAAACAUACAGCACAUGCUUUUGUUUAUUCUAUGACUUCUAUCUGAGAUCAGAGGCGAUAUUUAAACAAUUUUUCAUUGUGCUCAUGCUAUAUGCCCGUCACGAAUGUGAUACUCUUUCCAAUGGAAACAUAGUCAAACAAAGAAUGACUUCAGCCAUAAAGUUAUGCAACAUAAAAGUAACAGCUCGGGCUGAUUUCAAUAACAAAGAUUCAGGCAGAAGUUUCACUCUUAGAAUAAGCAUUACAACAGCGGCACGCAACUAGGGAUGUUCCUCAACGACUAAUUAAAAUCCAGCUACAUGCAAAUUCUAAAUGCAUCUACAUUAAGAAAACACCCCUGUCAAAAUUUAGCACUGUUUAUCUCAGAGGGGACAGUAGACAGUACACAAAGUGAAACUGGUUUGCCAAGUGUAGCUAAAGUUAGCACUGCUAGCACCACCAGCCUUCAGUCCGCCAUGCAGGUCAAAACUUGAUUUACACUUCUGCGUCACACUACUGCCUAAAUUUUUAAUACUUUGCCAAAGCACUAGUUGGCAGAGUGGUUUCUAUGCUAGUUAUAUUGUGGUCCACAUUUCUCUGCUUUCUUGUGUACGGAAAUCCAAAGUUAAUGUAUUAUGUUAGAGCACAUAAAUAGUUCGCAACUGUUUAUUAGCACAAUUAUUUUAAAGAAGUAUAGAGAGGAGAUGGACUGAGUGGAUGCUGAAUGAGUUGAAAAAGAGGACGGGAAUUUUUUUGGUGCUUGUUUAUGGCCAUUUAAAGACGUGGGGAACUGCACUCCUUGGAUGUCAGCAAGUAGUAGUUGUAGUUUUUGUUUAGUCACCAACCAAAAUUAAAAAAAAAAAAUCAACAUUGUAGAUGGUUUAAACAAAGUCAGUAGUCAUGUGUUGAGUAAUGACUGAAAAGCCAUAGGCAGAAGCAAACUGCUUAUAAAAGCCUAUCCUACAUUCUUGUUCCUUUAAGCUACUAACUUUCACAAGUGCAGAGAAACAAUAACAGACAAAUGCAUUGAAAAGACUCAAAAGUAACUUUACAAUUUUCUUCAAAAUCAAAACUGAAUUGCAUAUUUUUAGAUUUGUACCAGCAUCAUUCACAAGUUUAAUCCCAACAACAAAAACAAAUGUAAUUUUCUUGCCUUUUUAAGCUUUUGUACAGUAAACCUAGAAACAUCUCACAAAUCAUAUCAACUCUCAUGUAUUGAAGAGAACUUUUGUACAGAGUCAAAUUAAGUUGUUGAACAAUCAAAACCCCAAGGAAUUUGUUCUCAAAAUCUCUUUAGCCUAAAUGUCAACAUUACAGAUUUUAAGUUCAAUGUUAACAUCACAAUGAUUUUGAUUUCCAAGAAAACAUACAUUUAUUUUUCUUGAUAUUUAGAUUUUAUUGAUAAAAAAUCAAGUUUUGGGAUUUCCCAGCUCAUUUUCAACCCCACACAUAUAAGUUCUUUUAAAUUCUCACAAGAAAAAAAAAUAAUUUGUAUCAUCUGCAAAUAUUUAAUUCUUUUAAUCAGCAACACUGCAAAUAUCAUUGAUAAAAUUAUGAACAAUAGUGGGACUAUCUCUGAUGUCUGGGGUACCCCACAGGUAAUCUUCCUCAAGUAGAUAAGACAAACUGGUCUGUCAUCUGUAGCAAUUCAUCUCAUAUUUGAAUAAACAAAAAAUUCUGGUAGACAUUUAGAGACCAGCUGUCACCCGAUGCUACCUAGUGGACCAAUCACAGGGCUUGUGGUGCAUUUUUGAGGAGGCACAUCAGGCUAAUGCUAUUGCAUAGAUUUGACGCAGAAGUAUAAAUCAGGUUUAACAUCCACAUGACUGUACACAUUACUUUGGUCGAGUGGUAAUAAGCUAGUAUGACCUGAUACAGCCUACAUGCAACUUUAUCUCCAGUUUCUAGGUCAGAAUACUGCCACUCCUACAAAAUACUAUCAAUGCUAUGUGUUCACUGUUUGUUUACAUCCAGCCAGUAGAGCAUUAUGGCAGUACGGCAGCUGCUAACUGGAGCUACAGUGGCUACAAGUGGUGGAUGGCUGUGUUAUAGUUUGUUAGGACAGAUUAGGAUUACAGGCCUGAGUUAAUGAAAACAUUAUUUUAACAGACUAGGAAUUGUAAUGCGACAACCAAAGGAUCUAACUUUUUAGCCAGCUAAUUGUGCACAUCCCUAAUUGCAGCUGCAUUCAACAUGGAUGUAACAUUACUACAAUCUGCCUUUUAUCUAUAGACAGCAGAAGUAUUUUGCUACAACGACUGCACAUUAAAAAAGCACACACAACCAAGCCUUUUGCCUAGAAGCUGCAAUAUUCAAGAGAAUGGUUAUUGCUUUAUUUAUAUUCUAGAUUAGAGAUUGUUCACAAAUCAGUGCCAUAUGUACCUUCUGAAGACAUGUUGACCCUAUGUUGAUCCUAAGAAAAGGUAAGUAUGGAAGCUAAAUGCAGUAGAGGCAUGUUAAUUCAUGACUGAGUGGGAAAUGCACAGAUAAUACAGGACAGUAUCAAAAAAGUCCUGUGCCAUCAACAACCAUGACAUACAAAUGGUGCUUCAGUAUCUGCUUAAUGCCAGAGCAACAAAAAAUCAUCUUAUUCUCAAUGUUCAGAGUCAAUCUGGAGUACUAUUUUUCAUAUGUGAACACGAGGAAACAGACUAUUUUAUCUGAUUGUGAAACAUGCAGUAGUUCCCAUUCAUCCAUCACUCCAGUAAAAGUAAAAUUUUAGAUACCUCAACACAUUUCAAUACCAGAGAGCAGGAGUUUGCCUGCAGUUUUUUGGUAAUUAUAAAAAAAGGAGAUUUUACCUAGUAUUGGGUGCUUCUAUUUUUGUUGCAGUGGUAUUUAAACAGGUUUGGAUAGCAUUAGAUUUUCCCUACAAUCAUAUUAAAGUUUAAAUAUCUGGUAUUGUGACAACCCUAAUUCAAAUGUUUGGAAUAAUCUGAUGUGACAUUGCUUUAAUCCUCAUUGAGAUGUGUGGUUUUGUUGAUGCUGUAUGUAAAUACUACAUGACAAAGUGCUAACAUUGUGAAAGUUUGCUGAGCAGCGCAGAGCUGUAAAGUGAUUGGUUAUAUUGUGUGUGUGCUAUCUGUUGGAGAUAGUAGAAGAGACUAAAUAGUCUCUUUUCCCUCAUGGCUUCUCUUCUGUCCUUUAAAGAAUAUCAAGAUGGCUGUUUAGACAUCAGCUCUCUGCCUUUGCUCUCUCUGUGGGUGGUCUAUCCCCUUUUUGGAUUCUCAAUGUCUUUGAAAUGCAAGUUGCAAUAUUAAAUUCUUAUGAAAAU